CCUCGAAUGGCAACCACGGACGACAUCAAAAUCGCUGAAUUCCCGCAGCUCAUCGAUCACGGCAAUCCAUCACUAGGCACAUUUCAGCAAAAGUACUACUAUCAAGCGGCCUCAUGGAAAGGCCCUGGAUCGCCCAUUAUACUCUUCGCGAGCGGCGAGAACAACGCAUCGGACACUUCGGGCCUCAUCGUCUCUGAAUUCGGGACGUAUGGUGUCUUGGCCGAACAGAUCGGUGCCGCUGCGAUUGCCCUUGAACACCGCUACUAUGGCGACUCCAGCCCUUUCGAAGCCCUCACGACCGAAAACCUCCAAUACCUUACGGUGAAAAACGUGAUCAAGGAUCUCACCUACUUCGCACAGAAUGUCGACCUUCCCUUCGUCACACCAACUGGUAGUAGCACCGCCAAAGAUGUGCCGUGGGUCCUCGUAGGUGGUUCGUACACCGGUGCCAUUGCCGCCUGGACCGCUGUCGUUGAUCCUGGAACUUUCUGGACUUACUACGCUUCCAGCCCGCUCACGGAGGUCAUCAACGAUUUCUGGCAAUACUAUGUACCAAUACAACAUGGGAUGCCACAGAACUGUAGCAAAGACGCCUCAGCCCUUAUAGACCACAUGGACGACAUUCUCCUCCGUGGCAGCAAAGAGGACAUUACCGCCCUUAAAGCUCGCUUCAACUUCGAGUCGCUGCCCUACAACGACGACUUCAUGAACGCUCUUGCGAUGGCGCUCCUGUCCUGGCAGGGCCACAACCUUUAUGCUGAGAGCGACGACUUCGACGACAACCACGUCUUCUUCGGUUGGUGCGACCACAUCGAAAACGCCGUCGGCCAACCCGGCAAGGCCGGACCAAACGGUGUCGGCGUCGAACUCGCGCUUGACGGUUACGCCAAGUGGUGGAACACAUUCGGCGUCGAGUAUUGGCGCUCAUAUAUAGCGUGCCCUCCGGAAUAUAGCGAUGCUGCUUGCGCGGAUAGUCGCGACCCGUCUUCGUACUACUUCACCGACAAAUCGGUGGGCAGCGCCAUCAAUCUUCAAUAUCUCUGGCUGCUCUGCAACGAGCCUUUGGGAUUUUGGCAGACCGGCGCACCGGUAGGGAGACCUUCGCUCGUUUCCCGCCUGACCACGGCCGAGUACUUCACGCGACAGUGCAAGCUCCUCUUCCCAACUGGCCCGCACGGUGAAACAUACGCUCAUGGCCGCACUGUGGAGAAUGUCAACGCCUGGACGAGCGGCUGGAACAAUAACAAUGCUAAGCGUCUGCUGCACGUGAGCGGCGAAUUCGACCCGUGGAAAGAAGCUGGUGUGUCGUCGGACUUUCGCCCUGGUGGCCCCAUGAUCAGCUCGAAACAGGUGGUGGUCAAGGUUGUGCCUAAUGGAAUCCACGCUACUGAUCUGCUCACCAAGUGUGGUCUUGCGAAUGCGGGGGUGCAGAAAGUGAUUGACGAGGUUGUGCAGCAGUUGACCGAGUGGGUGGGGGAGUGGUAUGAGGAGAAAGGGCUGAAGAAGCCAUGGGCAGGUGGGAAGUGAGCAUUCGAAGAGAGCAUGGUGAAUAGCAGCAGGCAGGAUGGACAGAGUGCCAUUCCUCCUGCAUAUUGUCUUGAGUCAGCAUAAAACACCCUUGACGAGAGCUCUGAACGGACAUUUUACAUAGCU